AUGGGAAACGAGACCAGCUACCCGGCCCAAAUAUGCUCCCACUUCAAUAACGAUGAAAUUAAAAGACUGGUCAGGAGCUUCAAGAAGUUGGACUUGGACAAAUCGGGCACUCUGACCACGGAGGAGUUCAUGACGCUGCCCAAGCUGCAGCAGAACCCGCUGGUGUUCCGAGUGAUCGACAUCUUCGACACGGAUGGCAACGGGGAGGUGGACUUCCACGAGUUCAUCGUGGGCGCCUCCCAGUUCAGCGUCAAGGGCGACGAGGAGCAGAAGCUGAGGUUCGCCUUCAGGAUCUACGACAUAGACAAGGACGGCUACAUUUCCAACGGGGAGCUCUUCCAGGUGCUGAAGAUGAUGGUGGGAGACAACCUCAAAGACUGGCAGCUGCAGCAGCUGGUGGACAAAACCAUCCUAGUCCUGGAUAAGGAUGGCGAUGGGAAAAUAUCCUUCCAGGAGUUCAGUGAUGUGGUCAGAAGCCUGGAGAUCCACAAGAAGUUGGUCCUGACGAUGUGA